GGUACCUGUCUGUCUGAGGCCUUCCAAAGCUUCCUGGUUGUAAACUGCUUGAGAGUGCUGACAACUUCAAAAGCAGCCAGUGGAGAUUUCUUGCAAAGUUCAGGAAGGAUCUCAAAAAUGCUGAAGGCUGCAGACGAUGUUGGUAUGAAGCAGGAGGACUCUGCGCCACAACGUGCUGAAAUAACAAGUUGGGAUAUCAAUGACAUCAAACUCCCCCAGGAUGUGAGACAGACGGACUGGUUUCAGGAAUGGCCAGAUUCCUACGUAAAACAUAUUUACAGCUCAGAGGAUAAAAACGCUCAGAGGCAUCACAGUAGCUGGGCAAUGAGAAACACCAACAACCACAACUCUCGUAUCUUAAAGAAGUCCUGCCUUGGUGUUGUGGUCUGCGGCAAUGACUGCUCUACCUUGGAUGGCAGGAAGAUCUACCUGAGGCCAGCGAUAUGUGACAAAGCUAGGCAGAAACAACAGCGGAAGUGCUGUCCAAACUGCAACGGACCCCUGCGGCUCCUUUCCUGCCGAGGCCAUGGGGGUUACCCAGUCACCAACUUCUGGAGGCAUGAAGGCCAGUUCAUAUUUUUUCAGUCCAAAGGGGCUCAUGACCAUCCACGUCCAGAAACAAAACUAGAAGCAGAAGCAAGGAGAUCCAUUCAAAAGGCACACACAGCUUUUUCUCCACCUUCUCCAACGCUAAUAAGACUCCAGGAGGUCAAGUCUCUGACAGGUGAGGUCCCCACCCAGAAGGUUUUGCCUUUGCUCCUUUCCCAGCCGGACCAGUGUAUGCUACCUGCCAGUUUCGGGGGCUGUUUAAGCACAAGCUCCCUGCAGCAGACACCAGGCCACUGCAUGGAACAGACACCAUACCCAGGGGCAGCCGGGGAACACGUGGAAGGCCGGGUGCACCCUGCUCAUGUUGGCUCAUGCACACAGGCCUGGAGCAGCCCCCUGCACAUCCCUGGUGUGCUGCCGGUUACAAAGGGAGGCUACAAUCCCCUCAGGCCCAGUGCUGGCCCUCUUGGGGAGGAAUCCUGUGAGGGAAAAGCCCCUCCGGCCUACAGCCUCCCUCCUCCAUCCUACCCUCUGCCUCAGCAUGGGUCUGGCCUGCGGGGCUCACACCAGCAGCUCCCAGUGCUCUUCAAGGAAAGUCAUGGUGACGUGGAAGAAGGAAGGCGCUGCACGAACCCCAGCUACUGCAACAACUUGUUUUGUAACCUGUACCCAUUACGGUGACUGGGUUAAUGUUUUCUCUCUAUAUGCACCUCCAGCAACGGGCAGCAUCUUUGCUUUUAGACAUAAGGAAGGGCUUUUAUACCUGCAGAGCUCUCCCUGCUUUCUUUCUUUUCCCUCACUACUUUGUCAAUCUAACAGUCAUCAUCUCUUCUUACAAACUAUCCUAGUCGCUACCAGGCAGCUUGGCAGAAUUUCACAGCACCAGCCCUAUCACCCUUCCACCUGACCUAGUUUCACACAUUUCACCCUGUGUUUCAAUCACUUUCUGCAAGCCAUAUUUCAGCGGGAGAUAUCAUUUACCUAAUUUGUUUUAAAAAGUAGGGUGACAAAAAUGAAAGUCCUUGCCUGAAUUUAGUGGCCAGCUUUGGGAGGGAUGCCAAGGCUGGAGCCAUGUCUAUGGCUGGUUCCCCCAGCUUCCCCAGUGCCGGCAGUGCUGACCAGCCCUGCCUGUGAAGCGAGCCAUGCCCAGGCAAAAGGAACUUUUUAUUGAGAUGAGUCUGGAAGGACAGUAUUACAAAACCAGUGGCAAUAAAAACUUCACAGUACCUCAGACCAUCUGGUGUGUGUCAAAACAGGUUUGGUCUUCUCAUGAGAACUUCUAGUACCUGUAGGAGUUCUACAGGAAAGUUGGGGAGGGACUUUAUGUAAGGACAUGUAUCGACAGGAUGAGGGGAAAUGGCUUUAUAAUGGAAGUAGAUUUAAACUAGAUAUUAGGAAGACACUCUUUACUGGGGCGGUGGUGAUACACUGGAAUAGAUUGCCCAGAGAUGUUAUGAAUGCCCCCUCCGUGGAAGCUUUCAAGGCUAGGCUGGAUGGGGCUGUGAGCAACCUGGUCUAAGGGAGGUGUCCCUGCCUAUAGCA